GUGCGGGACGCGCUGCGGGGCGGCGGGCCGCGGCCCCGGCUGCUCUGCUUCGUGCUCAGUGUGCUGGCCGAGCCGUCCGGGGCCGCGCUGCCCCCGGGCCAGCUGGGCUUCGGCAAGCGGCAGCAGGCGGCCGGCGAGAGAGCCCUGCUGGUGGCUUUCUCCCGCGCCCAGCGGCGGGAGAGCCUCUUCAGGGAGCUGCGGGACAAGGUCCGAGCCCUGGGCAGCCCUCUGGUCUCGGGGCCCGGCGGGGAAAGCCCCCCCAAGCGCAGGAGGCGGGGGCGGCGGAGGCGGACUGCGCUGGCCGCCCGCUCUGGGGGCAGGGGGCAAGGCAAGAAGGCCAAGACGCGCUGCAGCAGGAAGCCCCUGCACGUCAACUUCAAGGAGCUGGGCUGGGACGACUGGAUCAUCGCCCCGCUGGACUACGAGGCGUAUCACUGCGAGGGCCUCUGCGAUUUCCCCCUGAGGUCGCACCUGGAGCCCACCAACCACGCCAUCAUCCAGACCCUGAUGAACUCCAUGGACCCCGAGUCGACCCCCCCCAGCUGCUGCGUGCCCUCCAAACUCAGCCCCAUCAGCAUCCUCUACAUUGACUCUGGGAACAAUGUGGUUUACAAGCAGUACGAGGACAUGGUUGUGGAGACCUGUGGCUGCAGGUAGCAAUGUCCGCUGUCUCCGCCAGCCCCGCCUCGUGUCUAUGCGUAUUCCUGGCAUGUGCCUUUUAAAAGCAAAGGUAAGAAGAGGCGUCGCAGCCUUCCUCGCGAGGCCCCGUCUGUUGUAUCCGAGCAGGCAGGGCUUGCUGUUCAGACCCUCUGUCUGCAGGGUCUGAUGCUGGAGGGAGAGAUGCAGCAGGAGGUGCAGGAUCAUUGCUGGGUGCUACGGACUUUCCCCAGAGGCAGCGGUCUGUACAUUUGCUUCCCUAGGUAAAUCUGCUCCUCAGCGUUGUCCUGAAACGAUCCUGCAAACGGGCACUUUCAAAGGAAACAAAACAAAACAAAAGCCCUCCAUGGCUCUUUUUCCAGGAAUUACAAUCUUCAGUGCACCUAUACAAACAUUUCCCGUCCCACCCCGUCUAGAAGGUCAGCUGGGGAGAAUGAGGUGUGGUAGUGAGUCUCUCUCCCUCUCUUUGAAAUGGCCCCGUCCUUGUUCAAGCGAAACCAUUGACAUUUCCCUGUUGGAAGAACAUCCCAUUUCUCCCCCGUGGAGGAGCGGGGAAGUUGCAGCCAGUUGCCUGGAAGGUGGAUAGACGGUGCCGUCUAGUUUCGGAGGCAAACCAGGGUUCAGCUCGUGAUCGGCUUGAGUUUAAACCCUGAUUUUUAAGGGUUUGUAAUGUGGCUGUAACAGUUCCCAUGGGAUGAAAUCAGAGCGCCUGCUCUUAGCCCCGGGAAGGUUUUGCUAUUGCUUUCCUGAGCUGAAAUGAUUUUAACCCCUGUCCAGUGCCGUGCACACACAAUGGCCGAGUUCGGCUGUCCGUUGCCUGGCAGCUGGAUUUAGUUCCAAACAUCUGUCAUACGGUGCUCAGCGGGCCUUAUUCUGCUCUGCCUUACCGAUAUUUUAGCGCAUGUCAGAAAGAAGUCGGUGGAGUUUAACUGGUGUAAAACUGAUGUAAGAGAUAGGUGAAUCCUACUCGGACAUCUUACCAGCCUAUUGUAGCAAACAGUGCUGGUUCGCCGGGACUUAAACCGUGACGUGUUAUGACUGUAAAAGAAUCCGACACAUGCUGGCUUGGGAGGCUUUUUCGUGCUCUUCGAAAAUUACAACGAUCAGUUUUUGAACCAGGAAACUUUGCAAAUGAUUUUCCUGCAGUGGGGCAAGCCUUGCUCAGUCCUUUGAAUUGAAAAGGGGCUACUCUGAAGAGUAAGCACCUUUUUGCAAUUAUAGUACUCAUUCUCAAUUAUAUCCUGGCUAGCUGUCAUAUAGUCAGGAACAAAAAUGACGAAUUGCCAAGGAGAUGCUGAAGAAUGUUAACUACCUAUUAAGAACCUGCUCGAAGGGUUAGGGAAUGAGCAAUAGAUUUCAGGCCUCAUCUUGCUGCACUUAGGCAUGCAAGACUCCCAUCGACCUUAAUCACAUUCUGAUUUUCCAGGGCAUUAUCCCUUCAUUCGUUGUGUUAAAGAGAAAUUCAAGGAGUUUAAUUCUGGUUGCACUUUGUAAAUUAUGGAAAAAUUGUGAAAGAUUUAGAAAGGAGCUAAGAGACCUGAGAGUCUCAAACUAGUUUAUUCAAAAGGAGGUUACAAAAGAACUUCAUCACUGUCAUAAGUGGGAAAGAGAUUUUGGGAAGUAGAUGGCUUUUUAGUAGUAAAAAGUAGGUACAUCCAGACCCAAUGUUUGGAAGCUGAAGUGAGGUAAAAUCAGACCCGAAUUAAAGCCCAUGUUUUGAACACGGAGGAAUGUUAACCAUUGAAGCAACUCACUGAUGGAUUCUGUGGUUUUAUAUGACUUGAAGUAUUUGAAUCAAGGCUGGCUGGUUUCCUAAUGUGUGCUAUUGCACGGACAGAAUUCAUUGUCUACAUGGAGAAAUUGCUAGAUAGUAUUCGGGGGACUGUGUUCUCAUCAGUCUAAAUGAAUAUAAUGGUUCCUUCUGGCUUUAAAUCUAUGAAUCUGCAAAAUUCCUCUGAUGUCAAUUAUUUGCUCUAAUAUGCAGAACACAGAAGCUGGCCCAAAGACUUAAAAUCUUUAAAAACAUUUUUGAAAGAAGUUAAAUGACUGGAUAGGUCCUGCAGACCCUCAGAGAAAACUCUGCCAUUUCAAGCAUUUUUGUUUUUUUCCCCCCCAAGCAAAAUGCCUUAUGAUUGCUUAUUGGCAGAUAAAAUCAGACCGGGGUUAUUCACGUAGGCUCAAAGAGCACGCGAGCAAAAUAUUUGCUAGCAUUUGCACUCCGACCUUGAAAGCUGAACAAUUUGCCUGUUGCUCUGCUCGUGGCGAUCCAUAGGAGACUCAUCAUAACCUAAUGUCCAUCUAUAUGGAAUUAAACAGGGGAACUCUGUACGAUGCCAAUCGGACCGAGUAAUUUGGGCAGCCUGCCAACCUAAGUAGUACUUAUGCUUUGAAGUCAGAAAUACGUGUGAAUCACUCUCAGGGCAGAAGUGAGUGUCUUGGGUCUGGUGCUGUAUAAGACAGGCUAAUAUUCAGUCCUGAAUUGCUCAUACUUUCUCUUUAGUAAUUUAGCAGAUCCUUUACAAAAUAGCAUGUGUUUUCUACUAUCAGUUAAAAUAUUGCCAAAUGUGCAUCAGUGCCUGGUAGCUACGGUCCUUUGCUUUUGUAGGAGUUAAAUUAAUGUUGUAACUUUGCCUAAGCAGCUAAACUUUCCCAAAGUUCAGAGGUGCCUGGAUCUGGGGAUUUGAUUGUGCUGUUGUAGAGGGAAGGGGUAACCUCC